GCUCGUAAACUCCAGACCCGAAACAACAUUCUCCAGAAAUUAAGCGGUACUUCUUGGGGAGCAAGUGCCGAUGUCCUGAGAACUUCUGCUCUGUCCUUAGUGUACUCCACGGCUGAGUAUUGCGCACCGGCAUGGUUGGGCAGUGCCCACGCCACCAGAGUGGGACGUUGAGCUGAAUAGGGCCAUGCGACUCAUCUCCGGUACGCUACUCUCAACCCCUUCCCACUGGCUGCCAGUGCUUUCUCGGAUCGCUCCGCCUGACUUGAGAAGGAAAGAGGCCCUGAUGCGGGAAGCGGUAAAGAUCCAAAAGAACCCAGCCCUACUAAUUCAUGCGGAGUUUAUGAGCCCAGCCAACUGUCGCCUAAAAUCCAGGAAUGCCUCUUACAGUAUCUUUAAGGGCCUUGUCGAUACUUGUUUCAACCUGAAGCGUGAGUGGUCACAGUCGUGGAACUCACUGAUGGCGGGAAAGCUGGGCUCCGGAAUCACUCCAGGUGCCAUAAUCAAAGGAUCUGACCUCCCAAGACGGCACUGGUGCAACCUCAACAGACUUCGCACUGGCCAUGGUCGCUGUGCUUACUACAAACACCGCUGUGGAUGGGUGGAAUCCCCGGCUUGCAUUUGUGGCGAGACUGCACAAACAAUUCAGCACAUUAUAGAGGAUUGCCCCAUAACGCGCUAUGCCAACGGACCUCCGGAAGACCUGAUCGUCCUUAACGACGAGGCCACCAAUUGGUGCAGGCUAGUGAAAUUUAGAAAUAUGUGGCGAAUAAAUUUAGUAUUUGUAGCUGCUACGUGCAUUUCAUGCGAAUGCGCGUCACUGGCAGAAACAGGAGUGGGUUCCAGAAGCCCGCGCUUUACCAAUGUCAGAUACUUCCGAACUUCGUGGGAACAUAUGGUGAGUGGCGUAGACCUGGAAGAAGUGGAAAAUUCUGCUCAAGGAGCGACCAGCCUCGCCCUAGAUGGCACUGAAAACGUCGCCAUCAUAGUUCACGGGCGAGAGAGCAGCGUCUACAGCGACUUCGGAAGCAGUGUCCGAUACUCACUCGCCAUGGCGGACUUGGUUAUCAUCAUGGUAGAUUGGUCCUAUCUGUCCUUUUCGUCGUACGAGCUGGCUGUGGCGACCGUGCCCUUCAUCGCUGCGGAUCUUAGGGCCUUCAUAGUGUUCCUGGCCGACGCUGGCUUGAACCUUAGCCGGCUUCACCUUAUCGGCUUUGAUCUUGGAGCUCACAUCGUAGGCAUUGCGAAUAGAAAUGCUGCUGCUCGUGCUGUUAAAAUCACAGCAUUGGACCCCGCUGGUGCCCUUUGGGGCGCUUCCUCCCAGCGCCUCAGGGCUAGUGACGCAAACUACGUCGAAGUAAUCCACACAGAUAUAAGCGGAACCAGAGCGUUUGGUACCGCUGAUGCCCUCGGUACCUUGGAUAUCUACCCGAACGGAGGGACCAGGCAGCCUGGCUGUUCAAACAGCGACAACGCGUGCCACCACAACAGGGCCUGGGAGUUUUUCGCGGCGACCGUGGACACUGGUGGACACUUGAUGGCUCUGCGAUGCGACUCGAUGACGCAAGUUGGCAACAAUCGCUGCAUAGGGACACCAGCUGUGUUAAUGGGAACAUUGACGCUUAUUAAAUUGCAGACUGGCCUAUAUCGAGUCAACACUGGCAACACUUACCCUUUCAAUGCUUAAAAACUGUAAUUAAAAACUUAUACAUUAUU